GAUUUCUUUUGAAGGUUUCUUUCAGUGUUUUUGUUUGAAGUCCAAAAUGCCGAGAAAAGUGGCGUACAGUGGUAAGAAGAAAAAGGAGCAGCUUAUGGCGAAGCGGCAGAGAAAAGGUACACAGAACUACCUAAAGAAAUUUGCUUCAGAAUCGGAUGAUAGUGAUGAUGAAACACCUCCAAACCCUCGAGUCGAAAAGUUUCAUUUACAGCCAGCAGAAAGCCAUGGAAGAGGUCGUUACGCUUUACAAUUUUUCAAGGAUAGCGACAAAGAGAUCGCCCAGAUGAAACAGAAAGCGCGUGAUCCAUUGGUGUACGUUGAUUUGAAGGAUCGCGAAGUUACAGAUCAACCUUUUGAAAAUUUCGAUUUCCCAAUUCGACCCCCUUGGAACUAUAAAAUGUCCAAGGAAGAAUUGGAUCGCAAUGAGAAUCGAUAUUUCACUGAUUACUUGCAAAAACUUGGGGAGCAACACCAAGAAGAAGGUAAACAUUUGGGUCUGUUUGAAUUGAACCUGGAGUCCUGGCGGCAAUUAUGGCGUGUUUUGGAGAUAUCGGACAUUGUGCUGAUAAUAGUCGAUAUACGUUCUCCGACAUAUAUGUUUCCCCCUGCAUUAUUCACUUAUAUCAAGUCAACUUUGAAGAAGGAUGUCGUAUUAAUUUUAAACAAAAUCGAUUUAGUAAGACCUGAAGUGGUGGUGGCUUGGAAACAUUACUUUCUAGACAAGUAUCCAGGGAUUUCGGUAGCACUGUUCGCUUCUUACCAGUCGCGGAAGGCAAAUAACAUGAAAGUUACCAAAAGAGGACCGAAUGUAAAAAACAACGGUGAAUGCGCUUUGGAACUGUUCAAGCAAGUGAAAAGUAUUGUUGGAUCGGAAUUGAAUCUGACAAAAUGGGAGGAAAAAAUCCACGAAGAUAUAGCUGCGAGCAUGCUUGAAAUGGAUGCCAAGGCCGAUCAAGAAGUUGUUGUGAAACCAGAAAACUAUCAAUUGGAAGAGCAUGUUAGGUACAAAAAUGGCGUACUAACUAUUGGCUGUGUAGGUUUCCCAAAUGUGGGCAAGUCAUCGAUAAUAAACACUUUGAAAGGCCACAAAGUUGUUAGUGUCAGUCGCACCCCAGGUCACACGAAAUACUUUCAAACGAUAUAUCUAACCGAAAAUGUGAGAUUGGUCGAUUGCCCGGGUUUGAUAUUUCCUUCGUCAACGCCCAGGGGUUUACAGGUGAUUUUGGGUAGUUAUCCAAUCGCGCAGCUGAGAGUGCCUUACGAGUCAAUCCGCUUCGUUGGUGAGAGAUUAGAUUUACCCAGUGUGCUGUCGAUCCAGUUACCACCUGAUUAUUCUGAGUGGUCCCCGUUGGCAAUAUGCGAUGCAUGGGCUUUGAGGAAAGGAUUUUUGAGAGCCAAAACUGCCCAUCCAGACACUUAUCGUGCUGCCAAUAAUAUCUUGCAAUUGGUCCUACAAGGACGAAUCGUUCUUGAUUUCUUUCCACCAGAAUUUGUGGAAAGUGAAGAUACGUGGAAGACCCACCCAGAUAUUGCAGAAGUUGAAAAAAUACAAAAUAAAGAGUUAGACAACGCGGGACAAUUGGUUCACGAUUAUUCUUCUCAUUCAGAUAAUGAAGAUAAUAAGAGUGAAUCCUCCGAUGAAAGUUCUGAAGAAGCUAGCAAACCUGCAACUAUACCUAAAAGUGGCAAUGCGUUUUCCCUUCUAGAUGAUGAAAGUGAUUAAAGUGCUACAACAACUGAUUGGGAUAAAUCGAGAUAGAGGAAAAAAAAUCCUCUGGAUAAAAGUGAUAACCUGCUGGGCAGAUUUUUAUUGAAUUGUAGUUAUUGUAUUGCUUGGCUGGCAAGGAAUUUUCCGGGAUAACAUUCUUAUGAUGAUUGAUUUGUUUGCUCAAAUAUGGUUUCCCAUAUUAUCUAUGUUGUGAUGAUAAUAAAAGUAAAA